AUGAGUGCCUCGCUUAUCGCGUUUGUGACCGGGCUAAAAGCCAGGACGCACGCUUACUGGUACCAGGGAGCUGACGUGAAGUGUCUGGGGUGCGGUUGGGGAUCAAUCACAUGGAUAUAUCGCAAAGGAGGACCGCACCCAUGGUUGAAAUGCGUUGCGAUUCGAUUUCCGCCGCGGAAUGCCCAAGCAGGACCGGUCUGCCGGGAUUUCAUUUCCUUGAUGAGUAUGGGCCAUCUCCGCAGAAAUGUCAUCGUUUUCCCUUUGAUCCCCGCGCCAGUGGACAGUCAAACAGCCCGGGAUGCCGUCCGGGGCCCAAAGCCACUGCCGUCUGUAGCUGCUAACCGUAACGAAUGGAAGCCAUACGAGUACAGUAGCAAUCGACAGCAUGAAGCUACUCUCCGCUGUCACCCCCCUCCUGUCGCUUACGGGAAUGAUGGCAUGGCUUCUCUAGCCUCUGCGUCGCUCUCAUUCGGCUGCUGGGGUUCACAAGCCAGGGGUGGCCGGCCUCGUCGUCUCGUCCUGACAGCCCGCCGAGCUGGACUGCGCUUCACAACCAUUUACCGACAAAUUGGUUCCGUCAACAGGCACAAUCCCGAUGACUUGGAUGUGCCCCCCGAACCCUGCCCACCCCUCAAAACGGAAGCCGUGGGAACUAAAACGGCGGUGCGAGCCGAGGCCGACGAAGAACCAAGCUAA